AUGUCCAAUCCCGAUCCCAUGACUCCAGACACACGACGACACAAACCAUUCACAGCGGAAGAUGAAAGGUCAGCGCAAUGGAAUCCCCAGCUGGUGAAUCGGUGUGGUGCAGAAGGAAAUGCAGGCAUCUCCAUAUCCUCUCCACCAGCAGCAAUCCCCUCAUUAGCAACCUCAAUUUUUCACUCGAACACGAUAGCACCGUCGCCGCCACCAACGACGUCCUCUUCUGCGAAUAAUACGAGUCUCACUCCUCUAAAUACUACCCCCCGUCUCGAAAGUCACAGCCAGACCUCCAGUCCAUUGAGCGCGGGCCUGCGAAUUCAAACCGACGUGAUUCCCAACCCCAACUAUACAGUGACGGCAGCAAGUGCCGAUAAUACUGAGCGGAUAUCGACCGAUUUGAGACGAAAGCCCUCGAAAUCUGCGAAUAUUCCCAUAAAGCCUAUUGCGCGGACGCCGAGUAUUAAGAACAUAUUGGCAAGCAGCGUGGGAAGCAUCUCGAACUUCGGCUCUGCCCCGAACUCUGCCUUAUCUUCUCCUAUGUUAAGUGCUAUGGCAGACGUAACCCCUCUGCCUUCACCACUUAUGACGGGCGAUUCCCCUGGUCCCUGGAGGAAGUUAGACGCCCGACCUUCCUCCAGCGACCUCAUGGUUCCUAUAAGCGCAAACUCGGCGCUGGUCACGGCGAAUGGCGAGUCUGUAUCUCAAGCUAUAGCAAAUCAGUCGAAACGGCGCGCAUACCAGGGACUGUUAAGCGGUGCCCCGGAGUCUGGUCAUAAUGUGCACAUGAACCAGCACAAGAAUACCGAGGGACAUACGAGGAACCGCAGUCUCAGCGAAUAUGUUCCAGAAGCUACGCAGGUACUCAGAACUCGGCAUAUUACAGUCUCUGGCUCGCAUGUACCUGUUCUGGAGCCCGGUCCAGACUCAAUUUUGUCUUUAGAUGGCCAGAUGCGAAGGGAACCCCACCUUGCGGUGCAAAGAGGUCUUGCGCCUAUUCCUCGGCCCCCAACUCCACCUUCAAGUCGGACUGGAGGGGAAAGUAGUGAUAGUGAUUCUUCAUUAACAACCGCAAGACUCCCUAAAGUGAACAAGAAGUCCCGCUGCGAAUAUUUCGCGGCGUAUACCCGGGAUGACUCGAAAAAGAGGAAAUGGGGGGCGGUAAAGGUUCUAGGGCAAGGCACAUUCAGCAAGGUGGUGCUUGCGACAAGUCAAGUUCCGGAUGAAGACGACCGUAUAGACGAAAAUGAUGUUUUUGGGCAAAAAAUGGAUGGAAUAGAUUCCCCAAUCCCAACAGAACCCAAAAUCGACCGGAAGAAACUUGUUGCGAUCAAGAUUUGCGAACAUGGUCCUAAGGGCGGGGCCUCUGAAGAGCGCGUCGAGAUGUCCUUGAAGCGGGAGUUGGAAAUAAUGAAAUCGAUAUCUCAUCCUUCGCUAGUGCAUCUCAAAGCCUGGAACAUAGAAGAAACGCGCGCAAUUUUAGUGUUAAGCUAUUGUCCUGGAGGCGACCUCUUUGAUGUCGCCAGCCAACACCGGGACCUGCUUGUGCCGGGGUUACUAAGGAGAAUGUUUGCGGAACUUGUGGGAGCUGUUCAGUAUUUACAUGAGCGGCAUAUUGUGCACCGGGAUAUCAAGCUCGAGAAUGUCCUGGUCAACCUCCCACAACACGAACUAUCUCGUCAACUUGACUGGACUACAUACCCUUAUUCUAUCAUCACUCUCACAGAUCUCGGUCUUUCCCGUCGGGUAGUUGAUGAUGAGAAACUGACCACACGCUGCGGAUCCGAUGACUACGCAGCCCCUGAAGUGAUCAUGGGCCAGCCAUAUGACGGCCGCGCUACGGACGCUUGGUCGCUCGGCGUCCUUCUAUACGCUUUGUUAGAAAGCAGAUUACCAUUCGACCCGAACCCAGGAAUGUCUGAAGGACAAAAAAUGCGUAGUCGCACGAGUCACCGCAUCGCCCGCGUGGAAUGGUGUUGGAUCGAAUUCGCGGGCGACGAAGGAGACCAUGAAGGAGACCCUGAGAAAUUCAUCAAGAAGGAUUUACUAGGGGCUAUGAUCGUCACCGAAGGUCUUCUGAAACGUGCGAGAAGUCGAUGGACGAUGGAGAAAGUCGCACAAGAACCGUGGGUUAGAGAUGGGAUUGUGGUUGAGGGUGGCGUGAAGUUUCGCGAGGAGGAUAUUCCAGAGGAGGUCCUUCCGCAUGAUGAGGGUGUGUUGAGUUCGUUAUAG